AUUGUAAAUAUGUAAAUAGAGAUGAUAGCAAUUAGAAUUCAUUCGACGUAUGUAUGUGCAUUUGUAUGUCUGUAUUUCUAGAUAUUUUGACAAACUAAUGAGUAAAGCGAAAACUUUUAGUGUAUUUUAGUGAAUAAAUAAAAAAAAAAAACUUAUAUUUCAUUAAUUUCAAAUUAAGAACUGAACUCGAAAUUUGUAAUCAAAGAAAUCAGUGUUUAUAUAAAGAAAUAGGUUAGGAAAGUAGAUUGAUUUGUGCUCUUUUUCGUUCUACCCAUUUGAAAUACUACGAAAGCCAAAAUACAACUGAAGAUAAAUUGGUUCUAAUUAACUUUCCCGAGAAUGUCAUUAAACGGCGCAUAUUCAACGAAAAAUCCCAAUUUGGAGCAAAUGACUUCAGAUUUUCUAUAUCACUUAGCCGUUAAUAUACCAGAUACAAAAAAUCCAACGGAUAUUAAAAAUCAAUUCGGCCACAUUAAGGUGGUGUGCUUAGGUGGAAAGGAUGCGCGUAUGCGCGAAUUGGCCAAAUAUAUACAUGAAAACGUUUAUAAUGGAAAAUCUGGCAGUAAAUAUGAGAAGGAUAUAUUCGAAGACGGUCACAGAUACGCAGGAUUUAUAGUUGGCUCUGUGCUGUGUGUGAGUCAUGGAGUAGGCAGUUCUACCAUGAGUGUGGUGUUGCAUGAAUUAAUUAAACUAGUCCGUUAUGCCAAAUGUGUUGAUCCCCUAUUUAUACGUAUUGGUACCAGCGGUGGACUUGGCGUUAAACCCGGUACAGUGGUUGUCUCGAGAAAGGGCUACAAUGGACUACUGUGCAGUGAAUAUGAGAUUGCAAUUUUGGGGGAGCGUGUUUCAAGACCAGCUUAUUUUGACGAGAGAUUGCGUAAGGAUUUACUUGAUGCUGCCACAAGCCCAGAUGGUGGAGAAGAAAAUGCGUUUAGUGUCAUCGAAGGCAAUACCAUGGGUACCGAUUGUUUUUAUGAAGGACAAGGACGACUUGAUGGUGCUUCCUGUAUGAAGGCCAAUGGCGAGCCUUACACAAAAGCGGAUAAAUUGAAUUUUCUUAAACGUUGUCACGACGAAUGUGGCAUUAGAAACAUCGAAAUGGAGGCGCCAAUGUUUGCCGCUUUGACUUUACAUUGUGGCAUACGCGCGGCCGAUGUUUGUGUUACGCUUUUGAACCGCUUGGAGGGAGAUCAAGUAAACUCUACAAAAGCACAAUUGAAGGACUUCGAAGAGCGUCCCUUCAGACUGGUGGCUCGCUUUAUAAAACGGCAUAUAUUAAGCUCAACGUAAGCGUCUAUUAGCAAGCACAGCUGCUAAAGAUCUAAUGACUAAAUGUAAAUGAAAUUUAUAUUUUUUUAUUUUUUAUUAAUAAAAGCCCACAAGUAUUGAAUCAA